CAACAAGACUGUUAUAAAAUGGGGAAUACUUGCAAAUGUUAUAAAGAGAAUGAAGAUCGGAGUAUGGAGGUGCAAUCAUUCGGAGAGUUUGACCAUCUUGAUAUCCACAAAAUCAUAACUAUCCAAUGCUUUAUUAGGAGAUACCUCCGAAUAAGACAGUUAAAAUAAUACUUUUAAGUUAAAACAGCUAUCUGCAUUGGAUAGUACAGAGUGAAGUCGUUCUAAAGUAGAGAUGCAAACUUAUCUGACGAAUUACUUAACUCAAAAAUAAAGAGAAGGAGAAUCUGCUUGAUUUGUUCAGUACUAACCCAUCAUCAGUGACAGAAUUUCAUUGUCCAGAUGAGGACUCAGAUGGAGUUGAAAGAAUAACCAAGGAUCCUAUUUACUAUGACAGCGGGAUCGUCUACAAAGGGCAAUGGAGCAAAGCAGAGGACUGCAAAGAUGGCAAAGGAAUCCAAAUCUGGCCAGACGGGAGUAAGUACGAGGGAUACUGGAAGGAAAACAAAGCUAAUGGCCAAGGCAGGCUCAUACAUAGUGAUGGCGAUAUUUAUCAAGGACAAUGGCUCAAUGACAAAGCACAUGGGUACGGUAAAUACCUCCAUAUGAGUGGGGCUAUUUAUGAAGGCGAGUGGAAGAAUGAUCAACAAUGAGGAAAAGGCAAGGAAACUUGGCCAGAUGGAGCUAUCUUUACUGGAGAAUUUCUAAACGGUAAAUAAGGAAGGAUUUGGAGUAUUCAACUGGGCUGAUGACUCCCAAUAUGCCGGGCAAUUCAAGUCAAAUAAUAUUCAAGGUAAAGGCAGGUACCGCUGGUCUGAUGGUCGAGAAUUCGAUGGAGAUUGGGUUCAAAAUAAAAUGAACGGUCGAGGAACCUUCCGUUGGCCAGACGGUAAAAUCUAUCAAGGAGAAUACAAAGAUGACAGAAAGGAUGGAUACGGUGUUUUUACUUGGCCAGACGGCAGGAAAUACCUCGGAAACUGGAAAAGAGGAAAACAGCAUGGACAAGGAACUUAUAUCGAUGCUGAUAAGAUUGAAAAAGUAGGAAUGUGGAAAGAAGGAGAGCGGAUCCAUUAGCUUAACUAAUUUCAAUAAAUUUGCGAUAAAA